GAUUUCGUGUGUCUUCAGGUGUGAGAGAAAUAGCGAUGGCUCCUUCAUGGAAUGUUGCUGCUAGCCAGCCGCUCUUCGUCUAUGAAGAUGAAGUCAUGGUUCCAGCCGUCGUCCGUGAGGAGGAUGCUGAGUGCGCAUCUCAUCACAGUAUCUUUGAUGAGGCAGAUGAGCAUGCUGCGUGCACAUUCGGCAUGGUAGGCCUGCCAAACUAUCAGUUUCAUCAUCCUAUUAGUGCUGCCUUGUUGCGCAGCGACGAGCAUCAGGGAACAAUGGGGGUUGAUGCUAUGGAGGAAAUGGCUCCCAUGUCAACGGACUCUUUGCUCGAUAAAUCUGUGGCGAUCCCAGAUUCCUUAAUGAGUGACGUUCUGGAGACAACAAUCGAGGACGCUGCGCCUAAUACAUUGGGAUCUGGGUUGGCAUUUGACUCUCCCCUGGCGUCCAUUCGCUCGUCGGGGGUGUUUCUGGAUAUAGUGACCUCCAGUGUAAUGGACGAGUCGGCGGCUUUCUUUCUCAGCACUGCGCUGUCGUCCAUUUGUCAUCAAGACAGUGAUAUCGCCCCUACCACGUGUCCUUCUCCUACAGGAGAUCGGGAGCCGUUCCCAGCUUUCGUAACAAAAUCAAGAACCGAAUCUACCCCCUCGGUGUCCGACAGGUUCAAGCGUCUAAGCAUGGACAAUAAGGAGAAUAUCGACCCGUUGAAGUUCAGCGAACUCUGGGCAAGGGAAGUGGAGCAGAGACUGAAUGGGGUGACGUCAUCUCCUUGCACCGUUUCAUCGGAUGGAUGGGCCGAGUCGCCGCGAACGCGCAGCCCUCUCCCUGCCGGCCAUCCUCGAUCGCCGCUUCAAGACAUCACCUCUUUUUUCCUUCCCACUAGAACAAAUGAAGGCGAUGCCUGCCGUGACAAUCUGCGCGAUGACCGGGACGACGGCAGCCAUGAUGAUGAUAAGAAGGCAACAUUCAAUACGACAACAUUCAAGACGAAGCACACAGACUCUCCUGCUGCCAAGUCCGCUGCCGCAUCUUACAAGGUCUCAGGAGAUGAAUGCAGUAUCUUAAUCGAUUGUCUGCGAAGAUGUUCAGCUGCCGGGGGUGUGGCGUCGUCAUUCCCUACAUCCCAUGCGCAGCUGCCCAAUCUUGUCCAGCGAUCACAGAACGGGAAGCGCGUGGCGUCGUCGGCGACCAGCAAGAAGCAGAAGCACGCUGACAGGACGAAGGCCAGAAGACCUUCCACAGUCAGCGCGCGCAUGUUGAGGUGAACAGGGAGGAGAGGGAUCGUGCGUGAUCUCUGGCAUCUUCCCUUUGCCUAAUUUAUGUAUUCUUGAG